AGCAGUACACAUGGAGGAGAAGAACAGUGUGCAGGAAAUGGAAGCUCGUGGAACGUUUCAGGAUCCACACGGUGAGCUGAAGCAGCUCCGAGAGCUCAUGUAUCAGCAGGUGGCCACUUUAUCUGAGAUCAAGGUGAAGUUGGUGUACAUGGAGAAAGAGAACACCGAUCUGGAGUCUCGACUGCUGAGUAACAAGAAAGAGAUUGUGAGUCUGAAGAAAGAGAACGAGGCUCGGUCUAGUGAAAUGUUGGCCUUGAAGAGUGAACUGGAGAGGACGAAGAAAGACAGUGCCGCUCAGGCUGGUGAGCUGUUGGCCGUGAAGAGCGAACUGGAGAGGAUGAAGAAAGACAACACGGCCAUGAAGAGCAAACUGGAGAUGAUGAAGAAGGACAAUGCUGCUCAGCCAAAGGUGGUGUUCAGUGCCAAAUUUCCUAAAGGACAGAAAGGACCGUUUAACACUGAAACCAAUCUGAUUUACAGUGAAGUCAUCACCAACGUGGGAGGAGCUUAUAACAAACAUACAGGUGUAUUCACAGCUCCAGUUAGUGGCACGUACUACAUCCGCUUCACAGCCUCCAACUACCACUAUCAGAAUAAAAAUCCAGGUGUUACCCUUUACAAGAACAACCAGCAGCUCAUGAAUGUGUCCACGACUGGGCAAAAUAGCAAAGACAAACAUCUGUCUGAUGUCCUGGUGCUCGAGUUAGAGGCAGGAGAUGUCGUGUACCUUCGUCUCCCCGCUAACCACAGCCUCUAUGAUGUUACUAAUCUGACCCGAAACACCUUCAGUGGCUUCCUGAUUUACCCCUCGUAAUAAAAAAAAUUUUUUUACCUGCUUAAUUUUGUGAGACUGUAAAGUUAAAAUUUGGUGAACUAAGACCGUAAACUCGUUCAUUUUAAUGUGUGUAACUUUUGAGCUACAGUAGCUCCUGUGGUGUGUGAACCUGCACAACAACACUAACACACCACUUCAAAUUGUGGUGAAAGGGUGGAUUUUUUUAUAUUGUGAAGUUGCUUAGAAAAAUCCCAGGUUACUAAAACAUAUAACUAAAAAGUUGAAACAGAAAAAGUUUGAAAUACUUUAAUAUGUUAAUGUUAUGAAAAGUCCUGAACGUUUAAAUAAAGAUUUA